CUCAGGUUGUGGCCACCUUCCCCAGGCUGUACAUCUCUCUAGCAUCACCAUGUCACUCUCAGUGCAGACCUCUGGGGUGUCCAGGCGGUCAUCUUCUCAGAGUGGGGCACUGGGCAGAGCCAGGGGCAUGUCUGCUUCCAGCGCUGCAAGUGGCUAUGGGGGAAGUAUCCUUGGCUUUGGAGGCAGCUAUGGGGGAGGAUUUUCUGGUGCUUCCAUGUUUGGUUCUGGUUCUGGCUUAAGUGGUGGCUCUGGAAGUUUCUUUGCAGGAGGACUGGGUGCUGCUUAUGGGGGAGCCCUGGGAGGUGGCUUUGGAGGCCUGGGGAUUGGAUUCGGGGGAAGCCUAGGAGGUGGCUCUCCAGGUGUUCUCUCUGGCAGUGAUGGAAGCCUUCUUUACGGAUCAGAAAAGGAAACCAUGCAAAAUCUCAAUGACAGAUUGGCUUCCUACUUGGAUAAGGUUCGAGCUCUAGAAGAGGCAAAUACUGAGCUGGAAAACAAAAUUCGAGAAUGGUACGAAACACGAGGAUCUGGGACCGAAGACCCCGGGUCACAGAGUGAUUAUAGUAAAUAUUAUCCCUUGAUUGAAGAUCUCAAGAAUAAGAUCAUUUCUGCCAGCAUCGGAAACGCUCAGCUCAUCUUGCAGAUUGACAAUGCAAGACUGGCUGCCGAAGACUUCAGAAUGAAGUAUGAGAACGAGCUGGCCCUGCGCCAGAGCGUGGAGGCCGACAUCAACGGCCUGCGCAGGGUGCUGGACGAGCUGACCCUGGCCAGAGGCGACCUGGAGAUGCAGAUCGAGAGCCUGACGGAAGAGCUGGCCUACCUGAGGAAGAACCACGAAGAGGACCUCCAAAGCUUCCGGACUGACGGCCCAGGCCAGGUCACUGUAGAAAUGGAUGCUGCUCCCGGGGUGGACCUCACCAGGCUCCUCAACGACAUGAGGGCGCAGUACGAAGCCAUUGCUGAGCAGAACCGUAAGGAUGCGGAAGCCUGGUUUAUUGAAAAGAGCGGGGAGCUCAGGAAGGAGAUCAGCACCAACACCGAGCAGCUUCAGUCCAGCAAGAGCGAGGUCACGGACCUGAGGCGCGUCUUUCAAAACCUGGAGAUCGAGCUCCAGUCCCAGCUCGCCAUGAAGAAAUCCUUGGAGGACUCGUUGGCCCAAACCGAAGGCGAAUACUGCGGCCAGUUGUCCCAGGUGCAGCAGCUCAUCGGCAGCCUGGAGGAGCAACUGCUCCAGGUGCGCGCGGACACUGAGCGCCAGAACGCAGACCACCAGCGGCUGCUGAACGUCAAGGCCCGCCUGGAGCUGGAGAUCGAGACCUACCGCCGCCUGCUGGACGGCGAGGCCCAAGGUGAUGGUUUGGAUGAAAGUUCAUCUGAAACAGACUCCAAAUCUCAACCACAGUCCAUUGAUUCCUCUAAAGACCCUACCAAAAGCCGAAAAAUCAAGGCAAUUAUCCAGAAAGUGGUGAAUGAUGAAGUGGUCUCAACCCAAGUUCAGGAACUUGAACAACUAAUAUAAAAUUUCACAAGAUCUGCCCCAUGAUUGGUUCCUUAGGAACAAGAAAUUUACAAGUAGAAAUUAUUCCUUUCAGAGUAAGAUGCUUAUUAGUUCGAUCUCUAUUUUUGUCUGUUUCAUUUUCUUUGGAUUCCUAUUCACUUUGAGUCCUCUUUGCCCUUCAAUUCUAAGUCAUUGUGGCCAUGUUGGUCUUUAUAACAAACAAAAAUUGCCUUAUAUCGUUUCAAACUUAAAGGAGACUUUCAAUAAACUUUCUUCUAUUGACCUGGAACAUGCUUUUAAUCACAGGACUUUGAUCAAGUAGUAUUGUUUUAAUAAAGUCAAUUUUAAAAGAUGAAUGAUAAUAACAUGAAAUCUGUGCCUUCUUGAUUCCAAUAAUAAUGUCAAGAGCAUAGAGAGAGGUUUAUGAA